AUGGCUCGAGGUGGAUUCAAGUUAAAGCGCGGAGGCGGACGAAACUUCAGCAAGAACCUCGUGCUGGAUGAGAAUGGCACCGCUGUGGCGUCAGACAAAUGGGCAUCUCGCGAUAAGAAGGAGAGUGAUGAAGACGAGUCUGGCUCCGAAGAGGAGUCGGAGGAAGAGUCAGAAGAGGAGUCCGACGCGGCCCCGGCGGCGGGUGCGAAGGGGAAACAGCCAGAGCUCACUCGCGCUGAGCGCCGAGAAUUGAAGAAAAAGAAGGCGCAGGCAAAGCAGGAGCAGGCGCAAGAGGGUGAUGACGAGGACGAGGAGGAAGAUCCGCUCUUCGCAAAUCCGAAUAUCGCCGCAGGCAAGAUGAUGAACAUAUCCGAUCUUAACGAGCCGCGACAGCUGUCGCGUCGUGAAAGGGAGGAGAAGGAGAAGAAAGAUGCCAAGGAGCGAUACUGGAAGCUUCACGAGCAAGGGAAGACUGAGCAAGCAAAAACUGACCUUGCACGCCUUGCUAAGAUUCGUGCUGAGCGCGAAGCCGCACAAGCGAAGAGGAAAGCAGAAGCUGAAGCGAAGGCCGCCGAGACCAAGAAGAAGGAAGCAGCAGCUAGAGGAAAGCGUCUAUAG